AUAUCUAUUUUGAUUUCAAGGUUAUCCUGGCGUUCUUUAGGAGUCUGAUGUCUUAAAAGGUCUUGGAAAGUUACGUUUUUUAUUAAUAUACAAACCUUCUGUAAAAUGACAUAUGUCGGCAAUCUUGCGAAAGUGACAUGACACAGUCACUAUAUGCUUCACAUAUAUAGAGUGGUUCAAAGAAGCCUACAAUAAAUGUCUUCGAAAAGUAUUGACCUUUUCCAAAAAAAUCAGCAUAUUGUUCUACUUAUCGUAUCAUUUGUAGCUAAUUAAGUAAGCGAAUUUCAAAUUUCGUCAAAAAAUAUUUCCGCCCACUCACCCAGUUUUAAAAGAAAUCAGAGGUCUUUCAGAACUCUAAAUCCCCUCCCCCUACGUAAACGGUUUUGAAAACUCAAUAUAGUUCCGUUGUUUAGCCCUGGUAACUAAACUUAAUUUCGAAUUAUAUCUGGCAUAGGUUUUUUAAUUUCUAAUCAGCUCUUCGCGAUCUUAGCCACCUAAAGAGACCUUGAGAUCAAAUCGUUUUCCUAACAUCUCACUAAGCAUGAUAAUGAAGAACCUGGUAUAGAUAAAUGUCAGCAAACGUUCUCGUACUUUCCAUUGUGACAGCCACCGUUUAUCAAUAAAAUGAUGUUCUUGAACUUUAUAAAAAACUAAGGGACAAAUACACUUGCCUUCUGCCAAGCUUGGAACCUAUUUUAAUUUUUUGAGUUUACUGUCUCUCAAUCCACAGUUAAGGAUUAAAUCCCACCGAUUUUUCUGAGUCAUACUGAUACGUUCAAACGACUGCCUACUGUUAUCCGCCGCUGUUGCUUAUGUUUCCUCUGCUUGAACAUUUUGUCAAUCUAGAAUGUUUUUUCGUAUAGGGCUCUGGUACUAACCAGUAAUUUCUUGUAAAUUAUAGCCUUACAGAUCUUGUUUUUUCUAACAGUAGAUAAAAUUCACGUGCUGAAAUCUAUUUUCGCGUUUGAUUGUUCUAGAACUACUCACAAAUGUCAGAGUUUAUUGUUCCCGUCGCUAAAGCAGAUUUACUGAAGCGUUCUGUUUCCAAUGCUUAUGUCGUAAACGACGUAAUUUCCGUGAGGAAUUUGAGAAAUUAUCUUCCAAAGUCUCAGCGAUCUCUCACAAGUGAAGGCUUCACCUACAUAUUACAUGAGUUCGAUACUUUGUUCUGCGUGUUGCAUGAGUGGCAGAACGUUGACUCAGGAAUUAAGGAGAAUGCUUGGCACAUAGUUCUUAAAGGAUAUGAAGUUUGUGUACGUCAAUUGGGUUCAGCGCUUGAAUCUACACAAACUGGGCAGUCAGUUCUGAAUCGAACUGAAAUGAAUACACAUCGAAAUGCAUUGAAAAUGCAUACAUAUCUAUUAUGUCAGUUUGUUGAUAUGUUUGAAAACGAACUAAAUGCUAAUGCCAAAUCUGCUGUAGGCGCUAAUGCUGGACGUGGUAGAGGAGCAAAAGGUGGUCGUCGAGGUGAUCGUGGACCGUCUGAUUUACAAUUAUGCAUGGAUUGGUUUAUAGAAUGCGAAAAGGCAGUCAGUGCUCUCGACCAAAUUUGUCGUUUAAAAUUGGAUAAACUUUGGGAUCCCCCAGUAGCUGAAGAGGAUUUCAUUAACUUACCAGCUAAUUGUUGUUACAAAUUGCUUGAAGAUCGUGAUAUGGCUAGUAAUGCUAAUAUACGCGCUGCAGUGACCAGUCUGUUGGCCACCUUAGUUCGUCGUUAUGGUCAUAGUAUUGCAUGCUCUGUUAAAUUAGCUCAAUUAUUACAAUGUUUCCCGCAUAUGGUCAAUUGCCUUAUGGCUAUUGUAAGAUCUUUUAUUGAAGAUGAAAAACUAACUGGUGUUGUUCGUGAACUAUUAAAAGAGAUAUGUAGCUACAAUGGUGCAGAUUUAGAGCGUGAUUCACAAGCUUCUCAAAAUUUUUCCAAUUUUUUAUUGGAAGUAGCUCGAACCUAUCCUACUCUUGCUCAAUCAAUCCUACCAUUACUUCGUUGUAGACUUGAUGAAGAACCAUAUCAAAUGAGAAAUUGUGUUUUAGGGAUUAUUGGAGAAAUAGUGCCUAUAUUUGCUAAACGUGAACAAUUGGAUCCCAAUGAACGCGUUCAAAGAGAUCGUUUAAUGGAUCUAUUACAGGAGCAUAUUCAUGAUGUGAAUGGUUAUGUACGUGCAAAAGCCUUACAGAUAUGGCAUAAUAUUGUAGUUCUUGGAGGUUUACCAGUCAGUCGUCAGUCGAAACUAGCCGCUUUAUUAGUUGGCAAUCUAGGCGCAAUGAUGGAUGUAUCUGCUUCAGCAAGAAAAAAUGCUUGUAAAACACUUACAGCCAUGAUAUUACAGUGUCCUGCUGCAAAGCUGACUACAAAUGAAUUACAACAAGUUGUAAAUAAAGAAACGAAACGUCUUGAAAGUUUAGAAGAGUUAUUAAUUCGUCAUAAAACUGUUACUAAACUCGGUACACUUGAUGAAAAUGAAACAGCAAAUAAAGACGACAAUAAUGAUGAUAAUAAUAACGGAAUUAACACUCAGAAAUCUCUAGCUAAAAAGAAAAAGUCUAAACGUAGAAAUUCAAAAGAAUCGAUCGCUGCCAGUGAAGAUAGUGGUCGAAAAAGAUCAUUUCGUCGUCGUGGUCGUCGAUCAAUUGAUUCAGAGGAUGAAGAACAAGCCACUGAUGACGUUGAUGAAGAAGAGGAAGAUGAGGAAGAGAAAAGUGAUGACGAAAUUGACAUAGAUAAUAGUAAUGAUGCAAAUGUUACAUUGUGCCCUACAGCAGAAUUAGAUGCCGCAGCAGCUCUCGAAGCAGCAAUUCAUUCAGCAGCUGCAGUUGCCGCUGGGUCUGUCAAUAAUCUAUCAACUGAAAAUAAUUGCAUUGGUAUUAGAGGUGGUAAUGAUUUAAUGAUAGAAUCAUCUCCAUUGCGUUCAACAAGUGUUGCACAAACACAAUUAACAGCUGAUGUAAUACGUCAACGGGCUUGUGUUGCUUAUCUGUUAGAAACAUCUUCUUUUAUAUUACAUAUUCAAACAGCGAUAAAAGAUUUUCAAUCGAUGCUUUCAUCAAAAACAAUAUCAGAUGUAAUAGAAGCCAUUGAAUUUUUUGUUAUUGCAAAACAAGCUGGUGUUAAAGGUCUAGAGAAUGGUAUACGUCUUUUAUUAACACUGAUAUGGUCACAAGAAGAAACUAUAAAGAAAGCUGUUAUAGAAGCAUGUCAGAAACUAUAUCUCCAACCAGAUUCUGAGGAAUAUUUCAAAUCCGAUGGUACGCUAACUGUUGAAGGCGCUGAUAUAGUUGCAACAAACUUAAGCAAUUUUAUACGUGAUUCAGAAAUUGGCGAUCUAGUUAGUAUGGAACGAAUUAUUCAACAAUUAAUUGCAUCAAAUCAAUUUGAUUCUACCUUAAUUGAUCAUCUUUGGCAAAGAUUUAUUCAGUCAGCUAGUCGAACUGAUAAAGAUAGUUCAGAUGAUGCUAAAUCAAUGUUGCUUAUCAUUAAAAUGAUUGUAAAAUCUGGAGCUAAAGAGAUCAAUCGCCAUCUCGAUACGCUUAUUCGUCACGGACUUGAACCUUUAGACUCAUCAUGUCCUAUUGAUUUAGAACGUGUUAAAUUCACCUGUGAAGUGCUUGGACGAAUGGUUCCAUCAACUAAGUCUGAUAAAUCAGGUGAUAAAUCUUCACUUUUAAAACCAUUUCGAUUGCCUACCAAUCAUGUUUUGUUUACUCGAUUGAAAACAAUUCUUAUUUCUACGGUAUCUCAACCAAAUCAAGUAUUAUGGGUACCAAUGAUGGAACAAGCUAUCAGUAUAAUAUAUGAUUUGGCAGAAGCGCCCGAUUCUAUCAUGUGUUAUCUUCUUCGUUCAACAGCUGAAAAAUUAAUGCAAUUCAAAUCAGUUUUGCCUAAUCCGGUUAAUUCAAAUGAAACUACAGUAGAUAAUAAUCAAAUAUUUGAUAAACUAGUACAGAGUGAUGAUGAUAAUACUGAACAAGAGAAUGUUCCACCAUCAUCUCAAUUGAAGUCAGAUCCAGAUGUGGCAUCAUUGAUCAGUGUCAAUGUACCGGCAUUUCUACUUUCAAGAUUCUUAGCAUUAAUUGGUCAUAUUACUUUAAAACAACUUGUCUUCAUGGAGUCGGCGGUACUGACCGAAUUGAAACGACGUGCUUUAAUUCAAGAAGAUCGUGAUUCAAAAAGAAAGUCAAAAUCCCGAAAAAAUAUCAGGCAGUCAAGGAUGUCAAUGAUGGAAAACUCUGUCAAUGUUUCAUCAGGAAUAACAACCGGUCAACCGAAUGUUGAUGAAGAAUCUGGUCUAGUUGGUGUAGCAGCUGAUGAUACCGAAGCAGAUUACAUACGUCAUAUAUGCGAUCACGAAUUAUUAAAAUCACCUGACCUUGUCUUAAAUCCAUUAUUAAAUUUCGUCACUUAUGUUUGUUCACAUCCGUCAAGAUUUGCAGAUGAAACUGUACAGGCAUCCGCCAGUCUUGCAUUAGCAAAAAUGAUGCUUGUCAACGCUGAAGUAUGUGAACCACGUCUUCAACUAUUAUUUACAAUGGCUGAACGAAGUCAAUCAGAAAUAGUCAGAGCUAAUUUAAUUGUAGCUUUAGGUGAUUUAUGUCGUCGAUUCCCUAACCUCAUUGAACCAUGGACACCAAAUCUAUAUGCUCGAUUACGUGAUACCUCAGCAAAAGUUCGUACAAAUGCAUUGAAUACAUUAAGCCAUUUAAUUUUAAAUGAUAUGGUGAAGGUUAAAGGUCAAAUUAGUGAGAUGACUGUUUGCUUGGUAGAUCAAAUUGACCGAUUGAAUAUUUUAGCUCGUCGAUUUUUCCAUGAAUUAUCGCAGAAAGGAAAUUCAUUGUAUAAUGUUGUACCAGAUAUUAUUAGUCGAUUAAGUGAUCCAAAUAUUGGUGUUUCAGAAGAACAUUUUCGUUCUAUUAUGGAGUUCCUUAUUCCGUUGAUUGUAAAAGAACGUUUGUGUGAAACAUUGGUUGAAAAGCUAUGUGCCAGAUUUCGUACAACGACUUUAGAACGACAAUGGCGUGAUUUGGCUUUCUGUUUAAAUGCAAUGCCAUUCAGUGAUCGAAUGAUGCGAGUAUUAUAUGAAAAUUUACCAGCAUUUGCAGAUAAAUUAUGUGUUCAAGAAGUUUACGCUGCAUUUGAUUCCAUAAUAUCGAAUGUAAAGAAAUUAAUUAAACCAGAUAAUAUGGCUAGACUAGAAGAAUUUGAAACUAAAGUAAAAGAGUUUCAUGAAAAAGGAGUUGCUGAUGAGGCUGCAGUUAGAAGAGCGGAAAUCGCUGCUAAAACGGCUAAACAACGUUCACGUCAUAAUCGUGCAUCUCACAGCUCAAAUGUUACAGUAAAUAAUAAUGAAGUUACCCGAAAAAAUUUACGACGUACUGCAACUACUCGAGCAGCAAUUCAAGAAAGUGAAGAUGAAGAAGAUGAUAAUGAAAUUGGAAAAAUUUUACCUGUCCCUGAAAAAAAUACACGUACUACUCGUGCUCGUGCUCGAACAAGGAUUGUUUUUAGUUCUGAUGAUGAAGAUAAUGAGUAA